UCUGAAAGUGCCGUCGGAGAGGAAGGACGGGCUACUAGUAGAGGCUCGAGCUCCCGAAGAGAUCGACGCAGACGGGCUGCCCGGAACAGGGUGCGAGUCACACUGGGAGAGCUUGUCCGCCGGAGAUCACACACCUCGAAGGCACUGGAUCGAACCCAGUACCGGGCUUUCUAAUUCACUUUCUCGGGACGGGACAUUUCGGGCAUUUAAACGCCUCGCGGGGCAAUAAGCAGCGGAUUUUCUGGCAUUUUCCAGUUACUACAGUCAGAUAACGCGCGGUUCUCCGGAUCGACGGUGGAGCGACAGCAGCUCGUUCCCGAGCUCCAUCGAAGCGGAUUCCUGCCACAAGAGCAGUUUCUGCGGACUGCGGAGACGCUCGUAGAAGCGGGACAAGGGAGGGCGCAAAUCGCGCACAAAGCGGAGCGCGACGCGUGCGGCUCGGGACACCCUGCCUGCCGGAUCGCAGGCUUUGUGCAGCUUUUACCUGGACUCUACCCCCUUUUAAUCCCACUUUACCUCUUUCCAAGUCAUCUAUCACGUGGCUCCCCGUCCACCCGCAGUUUUUAUUCACUUUUCUGGGGGGACCUUUGAAGUGUUGGCGAGCGCGAGACCUCCACUGAAACGUCACUCGCCGGAUACUUUUGUUGCAGUUUUCCUUUGCUGCGCUCUAACUGGACUCAUCGACCCGGAGUUGUGCUCGGCUUUGUCUGUGGGGAUGGUGCGCUGCUGAUCGAGGACAGGAGGGACCCUCUGGAGCUGCCCCCCCCCCCCGCUCUCCUUCCCCCCCCCACAGGGGUGUCUGCGCUGUUUGGGUCGGGAGCCUUUGUCUUCUCCGGACGAGAUGAGUGUGAACAUGCAGAGUGGCCCUUACACCCUCCCCCUGCGGCUCAAGCGGGUUGACUUCGAGGAGCCCUUGGACGGCGAUGCACCAAAGCGCAAGCGCCCCCGGCUGAGCCAGCCGCCCUCACCGGGCCUCGCCCCGUGCCUCCGUCUUCGGACACAGAGCCUAAGCGCCGGAGGGCCCGAGCAACCUUGCGCAUCCCGCAUCGGACCCUACAUCCUGCUGGAGAUGACCGAGGGCACUCACACUCACAGAGCAGUUCACAGUGUUACGGAGAAGGAGUACACGUGCAAGGUGUUCUCCAUGAGCAAAUACCAGCAGCUGAUCGCCCCUUACGCCCGCCUGCAGCCACAUGACAACGUGAGCCACAUCGCUGAGGUUGUGACAGGAGAGCGCAGUGCCUACGUCUUCUUCGAGCGAAACUACGGCGACAUGCACUCGUACGUGCGUACGUGCAAACGCCUGGCGGAGGACGAGGCGGCGCACCUCUUCGGCCAGAUGGCACGUGCUGUGGCACACUGCCACGAGCGUGGGGUCGUCCUGCGCGACCUCAAACUGCGCAAGUUCGUCUUCGCCGACCAACAGAGGACCAAGCUAGUGCUGCAGGACCUGGAGGACUCCUGCAUCCUCAAAGGGGAGGACGACUCGCUGACGGACAAGCACGGCUGCCCGGCCUACGUGGGACCCGAGAUCCUGAACUCGCGGCACUCGUACUCGGGCAAAGCGGCCGAUGUGUGGAGCCUCGGCGUGGUGCUGUACACCAUGCUGGUGGGACGCUAUCCCUUCCAGGACGCCGAGCCCGCCGCGCUCUUUGGGAAGAUUCGCCGGGGCGUGUUUACGGUGCCGGACUCGCUGUCCCCACGGGCUAAGUGCCUGGUGCGUUGCAUGCUGCGCAGGACGCCGUCCGAACGACUCGAAGCGGCCGAGAUUCUGCUUCACCCCUGGCUCAGCUCCGGCGGCAUGGCGCCCACUGACACCCACCUGGCGCCCAGGAGCCACACGGACCAAGUUGUCCCGGACUUCGGCGGAAAUGACAGCGAGGACCUUUUGUAGCCUAGAGGCAGGAGUAAAGGGUAACUUUCCUCAAGCGAGUGCCCGAAUGAUGCACCCACCACCUCCCACCUCCAUCCCAUGUGCAGUGAGCAGGGCGCCACCCCGAGAUGGGUUGGGAGCACAUAGCAAGUUUUGGCAUUGGAGGGAAUGACGCGAAACCUUGCGUCCAAGGUGUCCUGGAAGGAAAUCAGAUGUCAGAUGGGACGACUUAGCACUCGUACACGACUGCACCAGCCAGUGAAGUGAGAAGCAUUAGGAACACAAAGGGGCACAAUUCUUUUCAGAGGCAUUUUUGCUGUUUAAUGGUCCCCCCACUUAAUGCGUUUUAAGCCCCCGUUUUUUCAAGUUGCAGUUCUCUGAAGAAAGAAGUCAGAUGGACUCGGCGGGCUGACAGUUCUGGAGGUCGUUCCCCGCGUGAUUUGCAUUAGUCCAUUUUAAACCUUUUCCAAAUCGAGCAGCGCACCUCCCCCGUGUCUCCCAUGCUGCUCAUCUGCUUCGUUACCAGUAUUUUCCCCUUUUUUUGUACCAUUUUCCAUUGCAAACAAACCACAAACGGACUGAUCCAAUGCCAAGAAGUUGUACAGGUCUGAAGUGGCCAGCGCGAGAUACCUCGAACUUGAACUAAUCCUGGAAUACUUGAUGCACAAAAAGAUUUGUGCCUUUUUUUGUACUGUCGUUUGCAUAGUUUUGCAGUGAAAUUCUGAAACGGAUCCCUCUAAGUGCCUUCCUGUUGUGUGUUUUUUUUUUUUUUUUUCUCUCUCCGUUCCAUAUUUAUCCUCACCGGAUGUCAGCAGAACCAAAUAUGGGGUGCUUACUUCAACCAAAGAGUGAUGUGUAGCUUUGCUCGGUCGCAGCAUGCGCAUCUAGGCGAACAGACUCAGUUUUCAUCGCAGCAGGCGGCGCGUUCAUAUCCUGCCUGUAACUUUGGGGAAAAAAAAAAAAAA